AUGCAGCACUUCCACCAGAUCAUCAUGCGGGCCCGCAUCCCAAAGCCCGCUCGCGAAAAACUCCUUGGCCCGGCCCUGCCUCAACAGCAUACACCCCCAAGCCACGAUAUUAAACCCAUUCCCAUACAAAGAAAACGAGGGGUCAAGCACCUUCUUAUCCGACAGCAGCUCGAGAAGAACCACCCCAUAACUGUACACGUCAGCCUUAUCCGAAACCCGACACGUCAUCGCGUACUCCGGUGCGACGUACCCGAAAGUCCCCGCUACGCCAGUUGUCGCGUGGGUCUCCGAGGUGCCCAAAAGUCGAGCCAGCCCGAAAUCCGACAGGUAAGCAUUGUAAUCCUCGUCGAGAAGAAUAUUGCUCGGUUUUACGUCUCGGUGGAGGACACGUGGCACGCACUGGUCGUGCAGGUACGCCAGCGCGUGCGCGAUGUCCAAAGCGAUUUUGUGGAGGACUCGCCAGUCGACUGCCCGAGUCAUCAAGAACAUCUCGUUUUCGCUCGCGUGGUAACCGAUCAGCGUCACGAGGUUCGGGUGGCGAAGCCGGCCGAGCGUCUUGAUCUCCGCGUCGAACUGCUGGACGCCCUGAAAACGGCCAACAGCGAGGCGCUUGAUGGCGACAAGGACACCUGGCGUGAUCUCGGCCUUGAACGUGGCCCCGAAUCCCCCAUUGCCGAUACAGUUGCUCGCGUUGAAAUUCCCCGUGGCGCGGACCACGUUUUCGAAGGUGAGGGGGACGCCUAUGUCGGUGAAGACGAUGACUUCUUUUCGGACGGUUGUGCUGACUCGGGACCUGGGUUUCCAUUUUCGGGUGUAGAAGAAAAGGAUUAUUAA